AUUCAAUUUCGUUCGUUCUAAUAUUCCAUAAUUUUGUCCAUACUAAAUACAAUGACAAUAUUUUGUCACUCCUCCAAUUACCCGUCUAGUAAUAACAUAAAACUAUUAAUAAUAUCGUUUCGUAAUUUCACAUUUAUAAAAUAAAUAUUGUAAAAAAAGAAAAGAAAAGGAAAAGGAAAAGAAAUCGAUAUGUACGAUCGGAGUUAUACGUAAAAGAAAUUGUCCCGAUCAGACUUUAAAAUGUUAUAUACGUUUAGAUAAAAGGAAGAAUGAAUGAAUGGUUGUGGUCGAUCGUAACGAAAUGCAGUUCUCGAAGGAUGCAGUGUUUGUGAUGCGUCUGCGCGUGAAAAGGCUUAAAGAUCAGCAAGCAGGCAAGCAAGCAAGUGAACAAGCAAGUGAACAAGCAAGCAAGUGACUACCAAGUGAACAAGCAAGCAAGCAAAAUAACACCACCAGUAAUAGAAUCAGUAUGAUCAGUAGAAAGAUACAGAGGGCCAAGGAGGAGUUGUUACCCUAAGGAUGAGGGAAACUUUCUAGUUACACUCCUGGCCACCCUUCUCUCCUUCACCUUCCACCUAACCCAGCCGCCCUCCUACAGACGAGCCAAAGAAAAUUCCGUUUUCCAUUAAUCGGUGUUAACAGCAGUAAUAACAGCAACAAUAACAGCAGCAUCAGUAACACGCAGUUAAAAAAUCUAACUCAAUGAACCCUUUGUUGAAAUCUAACGUUCAUUUCAAACGAAACAUAUCCGAAGAAAUACAAAUCUUUAUAUCAUUAUCGUUAACAUCAUCAUCAUCAUUGUCAUUAUCAUCGUUGUCGUCAAUUCAAACGUAACAAUAUUUUCUCAAUUUGUUGUCUGAAAAAGUGUACCCGGAGUUUUCAUCAAGUCGUCGAAUGUUUUGUUAUCGUGUCAGAAUAUAGUGGAAAGUUAUUGAUUCUCCUUUACCUGGUGGAAACGUGCAACCAAAUUGAAAGUUCAACUAUUAACAGUUCAUAUUUUUUCGAAUAUAUAUAAUAAUAUUAUUAUUUUCGUCUAGUUAUUCUAAGGGGAUUGAAUAAACUUCAUUGAGUCAAGAUGAAGGUAGGACUGUUGAAAAAUUGUUUAUGCUAUUUCACUCUUCGUCAAGGUACCAUAUUAAUUGCAAUAAUAGAAUUGUUCAUGUCCGGAUUUAUUAUUGAUUUUUUCGUCCUGGCAUUGGCACAUGCUAUGGGAAUUCAAGAAAUGGUGGCAAGAGAUACCGAGGAUGCACUCGAGAGGGAAGCUUUGGAGGAUAUAAACAAGCGUUAUUUUAUGACACCUUGGAUGAUGGUAAUGAUGACGACAAUAUCGGCGCUUACACUAUCCUUGUUCCUUGUUGAACAGGAUUGUGCGUUCAUUGCUGUUUUCGGUGGCAAGGUAGACAUUUUCGAACGUGUGAUCGUGUUGUUAUUUGUUAUCACGUUUUCCUAUUUAUGGUUCGUCGUGUAUAGUACGUACAAGGGUCUUGAAAUAAAAAAAGGAUUAACGCACGAAGUACACAGUGUCAACAAGAAAGAUCCAUUAUCGAUUGCAGAAGGUUCAAAAUCGUUUCACGUGACAGCUAAUAAACCCAACGAGGUUUAAAGUUCUUCUCUUUUCUUUUUUAAGAAAAAAGAUGUGAAAAAUAAGUAACAAACCGAAAAAAAUAAAAACGCACACACACAUACACAUAUACAUAUAUAGAUACACACAACAAAUAGAUGUUUAAGAUAUAAUAUGUUCAAGUAAAAGAAAAAAAAAAAUAAAUACAAAUACAUACAUACAUAUAUCUGUAUCUUAUAAGUGUAUGCGCAGGACGAAUUCAUUUUAAUCGCUUCCAUCGUAUAUAUACAAUACACAA